UAAAACUUAGUAUUUACCCAACGCGGCAGUUCAAUUAACGCCUUUUAGAUAACCAGUAAUCGAAUUAUCAGUAUUAUAACGUGUCUUGUGUAGGAAAGUCGCGUGCGAAAACUGCAAAAGUUAUUCUGUUUGAUUUCUCAAUUUACGUCUUUAAAAAUUCAAAUAUGUUAAUAUACGCUGGUUUUUUAAUUUUAAUGGUUGGCUCUGUUUUCGGAGCUAGUAAGACUGUUGAUACGUACCCCUUUCUCAUGCCAAAAGUAUGGCCUUUUGCGGACGAGCUCUAUUUAUGUACACCGAUAAGGAUCGCUCCAAGAACCAGCUAUUACAUAGUUGGCUUCGAACCCAACGCUACGAUGCAUACAGCCCAUCACAUGUUGAUCUACGGGUGCACGGAGCCAGGAACUAAUGAUACUGUUUGGGAUUGUGGUGAGAUGCAGAGCAAUAAUGUCGAUUAUAAGUACGCGUCUGCUAACCCGUGUCGUUCCGGGUCACAAGUAAGAAUAAUUAUAACUUUUUGUUUAAAAAAAGGACUCAAACGUUCCGUAUAUCUUUAUACCAAAAAUCAUCAAUAUUUGUUCAGCUGUUUAAGCGUGACAACACCCACAAACAAAGAUGAGAUGUGCAACUUCUACCUUAUGUACUGGGUGGAGAAUGACACUCCUCUCGAACAAAAGUACUGCUUCUCCGUUGGACCUCCUUACUACGAUUGGUCGGUUGCCCCUGAAGCCUUCAACACUAUUCCGGACAGGGAAGCUAGCAUUCUGUAAGAUGUUAGUACGGUUCUAGGGCUACUGUUGUGACGUUCACUAGAGGACGUUAACAAAAAAAGAUGAUUUUUAUCAACAAAAUUUAUAAUGAAAUGAAUACACCCAACAAUAAGUUUCAGUGGUGCGUCAUAUUGUAUGUAAGACUAGAGUUUUUGUAAAAACAUUGUAGUUUAUCACAAUGCCGUCAACGUUUUUCAUUGUAUUUCAUGAAACUACAAAUGGUUAAUUUCUUAACGUUAAUAGAUUAUUUAGUUUAAAUAAAAAACUAUUAUAUAGAAUUAUGUACGUCACAUCCGGAAUGUAUAUAAAAACACAAACACCUUUUUUUGUUAGUAUUGUCCGCUGUCGGCACUGAAUAACUGCUAAAAUAUGGAAAGCAUCCUUUUACGCACGGCCUAACUGAAACACCCGAGUCAACAUGUGGUCGCCAUUUUGACUCGAUAAACUAUACCUCUAACGCCCUCUAGUGACGUGUACGUAUAUUAGCCCUAUUACAAAAAAUAUUCAAGGUUAUUUGUUAAAUAUUAAAAACAAGUUUACAUUGAAUUGGUAUCUAAACAAAUUUAAUUUAAGUUUUUUUCUACCCUACGUUAGCUAUUUAAUGCAUUGCUAUAUGCAGAAAAAGUAAUGUGCGAGUUUUAAAAGAUUGUAGAGGAGAAGUUGUUUGUAAGGUAAACAAUUCUUAAUAUAUCUUAUAUUUUACAAAUAACCUUGUACAUUAAAGGUUUUCUUAAUGAGAAACUAAGCUAUGUUAGCCUCUCAUAAAAAAACAUCAACGCAUGUGUCACUUUAUGAAUUUCUACAAAGAGGUUUGCUAAUGAUUUUAUGGCCAUCCAGUAAACCUCAAUUAUAAUAUCUAUAUCAAGUUCUUAAACGGCUGUAAACAGUUAUUUAAGAGUAUAUCUGUAAUUUAAAUAUAUAAUCGGCUAUCUAAGAUAAUUAGGCACCGUCUUUAUUUCCUUGAUAUUAGAUUCAAUCGUGCUUAGUUGUGUUAGGUUAAAAUUAGCGCACACUGUCGCACAGCACGCAUCUAUUAGCAGUGCGGAAGGUCGGCAGUUUUUUCGACUAGCAAUGUGAACACUUUACUAUCCGUACUUAAUUUCGAAUUUAUCUCAUAAUAAGUAUUUUUCAACAAUUCAUGACCAUUGAGAGAUCUGUGUAAAAUUCCAUCAGGAUCUGGAAUCGAAUUGUAUUUAUUUUUAUUCCUAUUAGUUAUUUAAGUUUAUGCAAUUGUUUUAUGACUUCUGUCUUGAUUUUAAAUGAAAUGGGUAAAUAUCCAGUAUAGAUUUAAUCUACCGAAAUUUAUUGAGCUAUUUUAGUAGAUUAGGUAAUUAGAUUAUGAAAAGAAAUUAUUUAGGAUUAAGCUACAAUUAUCAGUACGCUUGAAAAACGCUUUCGUACUGAUUCGCUAUGAAAACGCCUUUAAAAAUCUAAUUCCAUUGGUACUACAAACUUUUGCCGUCAAUUGUCGCAAAAAUAACGACUGCAUUCGAGGAAAUAAAUCAAAAUUAGUAAUGUAGUUUUAAGAAUAGAGUCCAACUCUUUCAGAAUGGGAGUGAUUCUGAAGCGUGCUGUCUAAUUUAGCACAACCUUUAUUUUAGUUGCUUUUAGGCAUUCCCAUUUAUUAGUUUUAGUAUCGGAAUUGUGGUUGGAAAAAAAGAUCUGAAAUUAUUAAAAAGUAUAAGUUUAACAUUCCUUUUAGGUCCAUAGUAGUGUGUUUUAUUUAGGAAAUUAAUAUUUGACUACCAAAUUGGUUCCGUACAUAAAUAUAGUGGGCCAAUGAACUUAAAAAAUAAAUCAUUGUGUGGUAUUUUUUAUAAAGAAAGAAGUUAAGCGGGCCAUUAACUGAACGUCUAGUAGAUUUUUUAAGUUUAGGCCUACUAAAGGGUAAUAGCACACCGCGCUGCACAAAAGAAGAACUCCAUUAAAAUUCACACGAUUUGUUUCGUUUUUUUGUUAGCAUUGCGCGAGUUUCAGAGGUAGAUGUUUAUUGCAACGAUUUUCUUUAGGCGAUUCUUUGCUUGCAAUGGACACUGCCAUCGUUUUCGAGUACGGAACCGGUACUUGUUUAUAUUAUUAUUGGGUAAGUAUGAGAGUUUUACAAGGAGAUUUAGUACAACUGGAGGUUUUAGGUUUUAUUAAAAACUCAAUUUGAAGCUUCCUUAAAU